AUGAGCCCCCACUUGCUUGGGAUCCUGCUUGGCACCCUGCUGGGGGCAGCCCUAGGAACUUGCAUGAGGUGUGAGAACUGUGGCGGUCCCAGUGGUCCCAGCGGCCCCAGUGGCCCCAGCAGCUCCUGCAAAGAGAUCACAGCCUGUGGUGAGGGUGAGCGCUGUAGCAAUCUCCAACCAGGACUGGGACAAACCAAGAUCUCCGGGAACCCCUCAGGGACCUUGAGUCAUCAGCAUCCAGACUGUGUGGCUACCCAUCGUUCCAAUUCAAUGGAAACAGUGUGCGUGGGAGGCACGAUCUACAAAAUUCGCAAGGACUGCUGCUUCGGGAACCAAUGCAAUGGGCCUGUGGCAAGUGCUGUGGCUCCCAUGUGUAACUGGGUUGUGGCAGCCGUCACCAUCCUUGCCUGGCUUUUGCCAGGACUGUGGAGCUGGUAGUGGAAGCGGAGUGUAGGGAAGAGAGUCAAGGAAGCAGGCGAGUGAGGGAGAAUCCAACAUCUCAGAAGACAUGGACCUCUCUGUGAGCCAUUAAAAUCUGUUGACCACUCUGGA